GGCUUGGCCCAGGCGCGCCAUGGCUGCCGAGGGGACAGCUGUGGUCGGAGGCGGGGCUGUUGGCGGCAGCCUGGCCAAGGACGGCUUGCUGCAGUCUCAGUGCCUGGAUGCGGCCCCGAACCGGCGGCGCAGCUCGUCGCUAUCGCGUGACGCCGAGCGCCGAGCCUACCAGUGCUGCCGGGAGUACUUGGGCGGGGCCUGGCGCCGAGUGCGGCCCGAACAGCUGAGGGUUGACCCUGUGAGCGGAGGCCUCAGUAACCUGCUCUUCCGCUGCUCGCUGCGGAGGUCCAUCUACUUAGCGAUCGGCAGGAAGGAGCCCACAGUGCUGCUGCGACUGUACAGGGCCAUCCUGCAGGGCGUGGAUUCCUUGGUCCUUGAAGGGUCAUGAUGUUAGCCAUCCUGGCGGGCUUGAUCGUUAAAUUUGUCUGGAGUCUUUCCAGAGGGGGCCAUUGGGCAGUACAUCCCAAGCCGGCCACUGAAAACGUGUGAGCUUCGAGAGCCGGUGUUGUCAGCAGAAAUCGCCACGAAGAUGGCCCGGUUCCAUGGCAUGGAGAUGCCGUUCACUAAGGAGCCCCACUGGCUGUUUGGAACCAUGGAACGGUACCUAAAGCAGAUCCAGGACCUGCCCCACACUGGCCUCCCACAGAUGAACCUGCUGGAGAUGUACAGCCUGAAGGAUGAGAUGGGUAACCUCAGGAAAUUGCUAGACUCUACCCCAUCACCAGUGGUCUUCUGUCACAAUGACAUCCAGGAAGGGAACAUCUUGUUGCUCUCAGAGCCAGAAAACACCGACAGACUGAUGCUGGUCGACUUUGAGUACAGUAGUUACAACUACAGGGGCUUUGACAUUGGGAACCAUUUUUGUGAGUGGGUUUAUGAUUAUACUCACGACGAGUGGCCUUUCUACAAAGCACAGCCUGCAGACUACCCCACCCGGGGGCAGCAGCUCCAUUUUAUUCGCCAUUACCUAGCAGAGGUCAAGAAAGGUGAGACCAUCUCCCAAGAGGAGCAGAGGAAACUGGAAGAAGAUUUGCUGGUAGAGGCUAAUCGGUAUGCUCUGGCAUCCCAUUUCUUUUGGGGUCUCUGGUCUAUCCUCCAGGCAUCUAUGUCCACCAUAGAAUUUGGUUACCUGGAGUACGCCCAGUCUCGGUUCCAGUUCUACUUCCAGCAGAAGGGACAGCUGAGCAGCUUCCAGCCCUCAUCCUGA